AUGAGACACAGAAAGAUUCUAUUUGUGUUCAUUUUUCUGGUAGCUACGAUGUGUCUUCUGAUGAUAUCCUUAAUACAGACUGAUUCCAAGCUCAGACUUUCCCCCACAAAUAAGUGUGUUGUGAUUGUCGAUCGCGAAGACAUUGUGUAUCCGUGCUAUGGUAAUCGGUUUGGAAAACACUGUCUUGUUGCACUGGAUUGGGGAGAAAUGUGCCCUGAGUUGUACACAGAAUUGGGAGGAAAAUGUAACUUGAUCAACGGUACAAUUCAAUGUCCUGAUAUUCGAAACCACGCAAAAUUUCGCAACCGACAGGCGCAACUCGUCAUGACCAGAAUGCUACGUAUUUUUGAUCUCAUAGCGCAGAAACAUAACAUUGACUACUGGAUAUUUGGCGGUACUUUACUUGGUGCUGCAAGACAUCAUGGAUUUAUUCCGUGGGACUACGACAUAGAUAUUGAAAUGCCUUUGGAAGAAUAUGUGAAAUUUUUCCAAGUCGCAGCAAAGGAUUUGCCGCCAGAUAUUUUCUUUCAGAACUCUAUAAGUGAUCCAGCGUUGAAUCCGGAUGACCCAAGCGGUUACCACAAGCAUGAAAUAGUUGGUAUCUACCAAGCAACUUGGAACCCAAGAUUACGAGAUAGAUAUAGUUGCUAUAAAUUCUGUAUGUCUUACGGAUGUACUUGGCAUGAUGGGCUCAUGAUUGACAUGUUCGUGUCGCCUCACAUGAACAGAUCUGCCGUCCCGCGUAGACGAAUAAGUUUCGAAGGUUUCACCUUUCCUGUGCAAAAUGACUGGGAGGAAUAUUUAAUAGAAAAUUUUGGCGAGAAUUACUUUGAGGUUCCAAUCGAUCAAGAACCGAAAGAAAGCCCAGACGUGUUCCAUGGAUGCGAGGAACUCAAAGGAAGUUCUUAG